AGAUCGGAGAGGAAACCACAUUCGUUAUCCGGCAGAGAAGUUGAAACUGCAGUAGCAGAAGCAUUACCGAACGCAACAUGAGAGUUUACCACUUGCUGCUGAUUGGAUUUGGCCUGGCGGCUAUUGCCGGCGGUCGAGAGGCUUUGGCCCAUCGACCUAGGGUAGAAACUCCACCCUGUACUCCACCUCCUCCACCAUGUACCACUACCACUUGUCGACCACCUCCUCCUCCACCAUGUACCACUACCACUUGUCGACCACCUCCUCCUCCACCAUGUACCACUACCACUUGCCGACCACCUCCUCCUCCACCAUGUACCACUACCACUUGCCGACCACCUCCUCCACCGCCAUGCACCAGGACACCGCCACCACGUCCUUGCACCAGAACCCCACCACCACCACCGCCAUGCACCAGAACCCCACCACCACCACCGCCAUGCACAAGGACACCACCACCACGCCCCUGCACCAGGACACCACCUCCCCCACCACCAUGCACCAGGACGCCACCACCUCCUCCCUGCACCAGGACACCACCACCACCACCCUGCACCAAGAAGCCACCACCAUGCACCACCACCACUUCCUGUACCACAACCACUUGCCCGCCAAAGAACGAUGAAGAAAUUAGCGGAGGUGGAUCCGGAAGUGGAUCCAGCAAUGGCACCCUAAUAGAGCCUAUUGCCCAAGUGCUGAUCUCUCGCCACGAUUGCCGUGGUCAGGAAGACGGAACCUUCUUGGCCGAUGUCCGUCACUGUCGCCGCUACUACGUGUGCAAUAGGCAGAGGUCCAGGCGCUCGACUUGCCCCAGUGGCUAUUGGUUCGAUCGCCAGCUGAAGGCCUGCCGCCUGGCCAGCCUCGUCACCAACUGUGACGCCAAGCGCAACUAAAUGUUGCGUCAUGCCAGUGUGGCCAUGCCACAUGCCACAAAAGCAAAACCUAAUUGGUACUAUAGAAUGAUUAUUUUUUUUUUUUUGAUGUCACUUUUUCAAAGAAUAUAUAGAGAAGCAAGUGUGAAUUAAUCGUUAACUAUUCCAAAGUAAUAAAGAAAUAUUUCACUGAUUAUACAAGAA